CAUUAAACAACACCAACAACCUGAGACUUGAGUAUUUUCUUCUUUCAACAAAAAAAAAAGUAUACUAUCUUUCUUAAUAGGUAUCUACCAUGGAAGUUAAACUUUCGUCCAUUAUUAUCACAUUUUUGCUUUUCUUAAUGCUACGUUUGUUUGCAAAAUAUUACAAACAAAAAACCUACAAAUUACCACCUGGUCCAAUGAAGUUACCACUUAUUGGUAACCUUCAUCAAAUGGCAGCAUUAGGAUCACUUCCACAUCGUGCUUUUCAACACCUUGCUAAACAAUAUGGACCUAUUGUCCACCUAAAACUUGGUGAAAUUUCAACUAUAGUUAUAAGCUCACCAAAAUUAGCAAAAGAAAUAUUGAAAACGCAUGAUGUUAUUUUUGCUAAUAGGCCAAAACUUCAAACUCCUGAUAUUAUGGCUUAUGGUUCAAUAGAUAUUGCAUUUUCUCCAUAUGGUGAUUAUUGGAGACAAAUGAGAAAAAUAUGUAUGUUAGAGCUUUUAAGUAACAAAAGGGUUCAAACUUUCUCUUAUAUUAGAGAAGACGAGACGAGAAAUUUUAUAAAAUCAAUUCAGUCAUUAGCAGGGUCUUCAGUAAAUCUCACUAAUAGAAUUUUUUCGUUAGUGAGUUCUACGGUUUCUAGGUCGGCGUUUGGUGACAAAACUGAGGAUCAAGAUGAAUUUGUGAUUUUGAUUAGAAAAACCAUUGAAUCUCUUGGAGGACUUGAACCUGCUGAUUUGUUUCCUUCAAUGAAAUCUAUAAUACAAGUGUUAACCGGCUCGAAAUCAAGAACGGAGAAAAUGCACAAAAAAAGUGACAAAAUUAUGGAAAUUAUUGUAAGGAAGCAUCAAGAGAAGCAAAGAAGAGCCAAAGAAGAAAAAAAUAGUGGUGAUGAUGAGAAGGAAGAUCUUGUUGAUGUGCUUUUGAGAAUCAAAGACAGUGGAAGCCUUGAAAUCCCAAUAACAAAUAACAGCAUCAAAGCUGUGAUUUUUGAUGCAUUUGCUGCGGGAACUGACACAACAACAUCAACAAUAGUCUGGGUGAUAUCAGAGUUGAUCAAAAAUCCAAGUGUAAUGAAAAAGGCUCAAGCUGAAAUAAGAGAAGCAUGUAAAGGAAAGGAAAUAAUAUCUGAAAGUGAUAUACAAGAACUUCCUUACCUAAAAUUAGUCUUAAAAGAGACAUUAAGGCUACACCCUCCUACUCCUUUAUUGCUCCCUAGAGAAUCCACAGAAUUAAUCAAUAUUGAUGGAUAUGAUAUACCAAAAAAGACCAAAGUCAUGAUAAAUGUAUGGGCUAUGGCAAGAGAUCCUAACUAUUGGACCGAUGCUGAGAUGUUUAUUCCAGAGAGGUUUGUGGGUAGUUCUAUUGAUUACAAAGGAAAUAAUUUUGAGUAUCUUCCUUUCGGAGCUGGAAGAAGAAUAUGUCCCGGCUUGGCGUUUGGUAUAGCUGGAAUAAUGCUUCCCGUGGCUCUACUAAUUUAUCAUUUCAAUUGGGAACUUCCAAAUCAGAUGAAACCUAAGGAUUUGGAUAUGACUGAACAUUAUGGAUUGGCUAUCGGAAGGAAAAGUGACUUGUGUUUGAUUCCCACAGUUUAUGCAUGAUGUUUAAUUAUAUGAUCGUAUAAUUGAUUUACAGUGUCUAUUGGUAUUUUAAGUUGUAAUUUACAUAGUUUUGUGUCAUUUAAUUUUGGAAAUAAAUGUUGGCCUCUAGCUAGCAAGAGAUCUGAAUCUGACUAUGUGAUCUCAUAUUGUUUUAUUGUAUCCCUGUAUGCUUAUUUUGUUGGAAUAUAUAGGAAUAAAAGCUCUUUUUUUAU